AUGGUUCUUUUGCACGGAGUGAGUGCUCAAAGCAAUGCCACGACCACAUUAAUAUCAACGUCUCCAACAUUUCCUUCAAUUGCAAAUAUUUCGACAAAAGUCUACAAUGUGUCGGCAGCGACCACGACAUUGACAUACGACUACUCGAACGAGGAAUUGGCCAUGUUGUGGAAUCAAGUUGGGAGCAUUGCUGUAGGACCGAUCACCACAACCGUUUCUCCAACCCCAGAACCCACGGCAUACCCAAGACCUGGUGCCAUGCAUCCUCAAGUCCCAACGUAUGAUACUUCUCUGAACUCAGAGGAUCUACCCGACGACUUCAUCUGGGGCUUGGCGUCAAGUGCAUAUCAAGUAGAAGGAGCAGCGAAAGACGAAGGCAAAGGACCUUCCAUUUGGGACUUGAUCGCACAUCGAGACUAUGGGGCAGUAGCGGACAACUCAACUGGGGAUGUAGUGGCAAGUCAUUAUUACCUGUACAAGCAAGAUUUUGCUCGUCUUGCAAAUCUUGGUGUGCCAUAUUUUUCUCCGUCUUUUUCAUGGCCGAGAUUCUUCCCUUUUGGCAAUGGGCCUGUGAACGAGCAAGGGGUAACACAUUACGACGAUGUAAUCGCCAGCAUGGUUGCUGCUGGUAUCAAGCCAGCUGUGACUCUCUUCCAUUGGGAUACACCACUCGCUCUCUUCAACUCCUAUGGAGCAUGGACCGAUGAACGGAUCGUAGAUGACUACUUCAACUACGCCAAAUUUGUCAUCAGCCGCUACGACCAAUACGUCCCCAUCUGGUAUACCUUCAACGAGCCACAAUACUGCAACUGGCAAUACGAAUCCUACCCCGCUGGCAACACCAAAGGCAAUUACCCCGCGUACCACGGCAUAACAGGCGGUCUCCCCGCCCGCAUAGCAUGCAGCCACUACACGCUCCUUGCACACGCCAAAGUCGCCAAAUGGUACCACGACGACUUCCACGGCCAAGGCCGCAUCACCUUCAAGAACAGCGGCAACUACUACGAAGCCCUGAACGCCUCUUCAGCUGCGGAUAUCGACGCCGUAGCCCGGAACUACGAGUUUGCGCUCGGCUGGUUCGGUGGUCCGUGGCGAGACGGGGAUUACUCUGCGAUGUUAAAAGAGACGCUUGGUUCCUCGCUGCCGAAUUUCACGCAGGCGGAAAAAGAUAUGAUCAAGGGUUCAUGCGAUUUCUUCGCCAUUGAUGGGUACACGGGGUACUACGCCACGGGUAUUCAAGGAGGUAGCGCUGCGUGUGCGGCUAAUUCUUCAAGUCCUGGGUAUCCCGAGUGCGCGGGCAGUUCUAGUACUGGAGCAGACGGAUUCCCGAUCGGACCUAGCGCGGAUAAUGAUGUGAGCUGGCUGUACAGUACGCCGGUGAGCAUUAGGAGGUUCUUGAAUGUUAUCACGAAAGAUCUUUUCCCGGCGGUGGGGGAUGUGGUUGUGAGUGAGUUUGGGUUUGCGGAGCCGUUUGAGGGGGAUCAGGGGUCGUUGGCUACGAUUUUGUGGGAUUUGAGGAGGGCGGAUUAUUAUCAGGGGUUUUUGGAUAAUAUUUUAGCGGCGAGGAAUGUUGAUGGAGUCAACGUAACAGGUGCCUUUGGAUGGGCCAUUUUCGACAACUUCGAGUGGUUUGAGGGAAGUCAUGUCAAGUUUGGGUUGCAAUACCUGAACCAAACUUCCUUGGAGCGGUAUCCGAAAGCAAGUAUGUUCCAAUUCUUGGAUUGGUUCAAGUUGCAUGGAGGCGUGAAGCUGGACAGUGGGAGUGCUGGUGGUAAUGCUAGUGCGAUACCCAAUACAUAG